AUGGAAAUGCCAACGGAAACCCUGAAAAAAUAUCCUCUAUAUAUUCAUUAUGCAGGUUCAGCCUUCACAGAAGAAGAACGAACUCAAUUUAACUUACACGGUUUAAUUCCUCAUGUGAUCGAAAGUAUUGAGGAACAAAGUCAACGUUCAUAUCAACAGUUCUGUUCUUUCAGUGAAGCGAUCAAUAAGCAUAUUUAUUUACGAAAUAUUCAAGACACCAAUGAAACGCUUUUUUACCACCUGAUUGAAAACCACUUAAGUGAGAUGAUGCCGAUUAUCUAUACACCGACAGUGGGUGAAGCAUGUCAGCGUUUCUCCGAUAUUUAUCGCCGUCAUCGUGGAGUAUUUCUUUCCUAUCCUGACCGUAAAUACAUUGAUGAAAUCAUUCACAACGUAAACCGUAAAAAUGUCAAAGUGAUUGUGAUCACAGACGGUGAGCGUAUUCUUGGUUUAGGCGACCAAGGUAUUGGCGGCAUGGGAAUUCCAAUUGGAAAACUGUCUCUUUACACUGCAUGUGGUGGUAUUAGUCCAGCCUAUACAUUGCCGAUUACCAUUGAUGUGGGAACCAAUAAUCAACAAUUAUUGAAUGACCCGAUUUAUAUGGGAUGGUCGCAACCUCGUGUCAGUGGGGAUGAAUACUAUGAAUUUGUCGAUGAAGUGAUUGCAGCGGUUAAACGUCGAACAGCGGCAGUCUGCGUUGGUACUUUAAUUGCUGCGAGUAGAGCCGCAGGUAAACAGCUCAAAGACCAGAAAAUUACCUUCUUAGGGGCUGGUUCAGCAGGUUGUGGUAUUGCAGAACAAAUUAUUGCACAGAUGGUUGCUGAAGGGCUGACGGAUGCUGAAGCUCGUGCCAAACUUGCGCAGAAACCUGAAGAUGUUGCACAUUGGGGCAAUGCUGAGGAAAUCAUUUCACUGCUUGAUGUUGUGAAAAAUGCCAAACCAACCGUAUUGAUUGGGGUAUCCGGUCAACCGGUUGCUAAAGCCGCUAUUCAAGAUGGUGUAGCGCCGAUGAUCAGUGAUGAGCAAUUGCUAGAAAGUAUUGAACAGAACUUCUGGAAACCAGAAUAUCGUGAUUAUAAACGUGUUCCGUUUUAA